UCUCAGGUAUAAAUGGCUUCAAUUAGGGACCAGGUUGGCUAUUCGCCACGAUGAAAGACAUACUGUGCACUCAUUUCCAAGCCAAGACCAACCAUGUACCAAAAGCACACGACACCGCCUAUCCACAGGUAGUUCACCCGGUGCAGCACAAUUGCAAACGACAUGAGGAUGGACAUGUCUCGGCGGUCCAACUUGUUUUUUCGAAUCUGCAGCUGCAACGUCUCGACUGUUCGCUUGAGCCGGCGUUGCCUUGCUUCCCGCUCGUCACGCACCAUCUUGUGAUGCAGCUCGGCGAGCUCCAUUUCCAGCGCCACGACCUUCUGCUUCAUGUCCAGGAGCUGCUGCUGCAGUUCCGUCUCGGUUGCAUGGUCAUCUUCUUUCUUCUUCCCCAGCACGUUGUUGAUGAUUGCACAGACCACCUGCAUGGCGCCACCGACAAGUGCCACUUCCAUUGGGGACUGCGCUGGACUGGCUUGCAGCAUUAGCGAUCUGCGGCAACAUGUUGGAUAUAGCACGCA